AUGGUGACACAAGAUCCCAUGCUGAAGGCUGCCUUGCCUCUCUUUGCCAGAUUCAUUGUCAGCAAUGGGCUGCAGACCAAACAGGGGGUGUUUGAGAUCACACUGGAGACCGUGGACAGAGCCUUACCCGUGGUGACCAGGAACAGGGGGCUGAGACUGGCCGAGGGGGCCACGGGCCUGCUUUCCCCUGACCUCCUCCAGCUGACCGACCCUGACACCCCUGCGGAGAACCUCACCUUCGUGUUGGUCCGGCUCCCACAACAUGGCCAGCUUUACCUGCGGGGGACAAUGUUGCUUCGGCACAACUUUACUCAGCAGGACGUGGACAGCAGGAAUGUGGCCUACAGGCACUUGGGAGGGGACUCCCAGGUUGACUGCUUUACUUUUGUGGCCACAGAUAGGACAAACCAAGGCUUUGUUGUGGAUGGGAGAGUGGGACAAGAACCUGUUACAUUCACCAUCCAGGUUGACCAGUUGGACAAAACAGCCCCCCGUAUCACACAAUUGCACUCCCCUUCUCAAGUGGGGCUCCUGAAAAAUGGCUGUUAUGAUUACCUCACUUCCCAUGUGUUGAAGGCAACAGACCCUGACACUGAUGAAGAUCUGAUCAUCUUUAAAAUUCUACGAGGCCCCCAACACGGACAUCUGGAGGACACAACAACAGGUGAAUUAUCCACGAGAAAUUUAUCCAAAAGGACUUAAAACAGUAAGACCAUUCUUUACAUCCUAAACCCAUCUUUGGAAGUUAAUUCAGAUAUCCUGGAAUUUCAAAUCAUGGACCCCACAGGGAACUCUGCCGCUCCUCAAAUCUUGGAACUGAAGUGGUCUCAUAUUGAAUGGUCACAGGCUGAAUAUGAGGUCUGUGAGACUGUGGGCAUAUUAUCCUUAGAAAUUACCAGAAGGGGAUAUUCCAUGGACUCAGCCUUCGUGAGUGUAAAGGUCAAGCAAGUGUCCGCUACAGUUGGAAAAGACUUCACUCUGACUCCAUCUAAACUGAUUCAGUUUGACCCAGGAAUGUCAACUAAGAUGUGGAAUAUAGCAAUUACCUAUGACGGAUUAGAGGAAGAUGAUGAGGUCUUUGAAGUAAUUCUCAACUCCCCUGUGAAUGCAGUUCUUGGCAUAAAGACAAAAGCGGCAGUGAAAAUUUUGGACUCAAAAGGAGGACAGUGCUAUACUUCAUAUUCCUUCAACCCAAACAAGCACAGUGCGUGGGAGAAGGGCCUUUGGCGCCCGCUGUCCCCAGGGUCUUCCUCACCCGCCACUUCUGGUUCCUUUCAUCUGGAAAGAAGACCCCUUCCAUCUUCCAAGCGGCCAGCAGUCACCAGGGGAGACACUCUCCAGGGCUUUGCUUCCACAGAUCUUUCUCGUAUGAAGCUGAGGACCCAAGGGAAAGGCAAAACAGUUCUUCCAUCCUCUGUUUAUAGAAAUGGAACAGACAUCAUCUAUAAUUAUCAUGGAAUGGUUUCCCUGCAACUACAGGAUGAUAGUUCCCCAUCUCACCAAAGGAAGGCCAACAUGUCCAGUAUUGAUGAGCCACAGAAGACAAGCCAAGGGGCAGAAUUGCCUCAGGCAGAUAAGGUGGAAUCCACAACUGGUUCGCACUUCUCCAGACAGGCCCGGUUGCCCUCGUUUCCAAAGAACUGCACACCGGAAUUAAAGGGACUCUUCCACUUCCAAGAAAGCCUCCGAAAGCUGUACAAGUGUGAUGGGAUUACCUGGAGAGUGUGGAGCCCCCAAACCGAGGUGGGACCCGGGAUGAACAGCAAGGAGGUGGAAGGUGGAUCCUGCCCGGCUGGGUGGCACCGUCACUCAGGCUACUGCCACUCCGUGAUCACGGAACAGAAAGGCACCUGGGACACAGCAGCCCGAGCUUGCCAAGAACAUCACCUGGGCAGCCUCGUCACCGUUCUCUCCAGGCAGCAUAUGCGGUGGCUGUGGGACAUCAGCGGACGGAAGCCAUUUUGGAUAGGUUUGAAUGACCAAGCGCAUGCUGGCCACUGGGAGUGGAUUGGUGGUGAACCUGUCGUCUUCACCAACUGGAGGAAAGGCCCCCCUCAACGUUCAAAGCCUGGGAAGAACUGUGUUUUGGCUCAAAGACAAGGGAAAUGGCAAACGCAGGACUGUAGCAAGAGCAAACCUCACAGUUACGUGUGCUCCAGGAAACUCGAAAAGUAACUAGCCUUACAGGUGCCCACUUGGAAUUUCUCACCUAUUUAUUUACAGGAUUUGUACAUGUUGUUCAAUAGAAGACAAGGUGUCAUGAUUGACUUGGUACGUUUUUUUUUUUAAUCAUAGUUUAUGAGUGAUUCUAUCUGGUAAAAAAGGAACAUAGAAGAAGAGUUCCAGGAAGAUCGAUCAAUGAAUAUUUCUUUAGGGAAGACAGACAAUUCUUGGAUUUCAAUACAUUUCAGAAUAAAUGCCUGAAGUAUUAGAUGGUCCAAGAUUUGCUGAUUCCAGGAGACUCCCACCCUGACCCCACUCCAUAUCUGAGUCAGUACCAAUUUCAUGGUCCUUGGAUUUUUUUUUAAUCCCAAUAUCUCAAAUGAGCCCAUUCCAAAAUCUGUGUUGCUGGUGCUUCUCCCACUUCAGUCUGAGUAAAAGAAAUUCUAUCAGUUCCUUAAAUCACAGUUGAGGUGCCAUCAUUGCUUUGUCCCUUUGGAGUUCUUUCACAUGUGAAACCUAAGAUAAGAGGCUGUGGAUAAAAAGGAGUAUUGUCCGUGGUGGAAAAGGAAGGCUUUACAUGGGCGAAUCUCACAGAUGGAAACUCAUUUGCAAAGCUCUAGUUCAAGUGAGAAUUCAGAGGCUACCUGUACCCUAGAGGUCUACCCAUCACCACUCGUGAGACAGAUUGCUUUCUUCAAUGAAAAUGUUGGCCUUGUACCAUUCCAAAGCCAAUCGUUCCAUUUCCCUGGCCUUAUAGAUUCAUGAGAAAUCUGAAGCCACACGAACCUCUCUUUUCAUUUGUGUGUGUAGUACGCAGUGACAUUUGUCAAGGAUGUUUGAAACAGAGUAUAUGUGAACGAGGGUUACAAGUUGGAAGAAAAACGCUGCUUCCUCAGAAGUGUCCCAAUGAACUAUGUUGAUGAACAAAGAAAAAUAAUACUGAAAACAGAGCCCUUGAAAACCUAUAUUCUCAGGAAGGAUUUUGAUAUAAUUUUGAGCCCUGAAGUCUUUAAUAUUUGUAGAAAUGGCACGCUAACUUGAUUCGCUAACAUAAAGCUACCUUAUUAAUUUAUAAUAUCAGCAGAACAAAACAUUUUUGUACCAGUGAGACGUGUUGCAGCCUUACAAGAACUCCCAUCUGAAAUCAAGGUUUAAUUACAGGAAAUUAGAAAUUUACUUCUGAAGCAUGCGCUCUAAAUUUUCCUCUUUUCAUAAUCACUGAAAAGAACGGUUGUGCCAAAUGUAACUUUCUCUCUGAGCGCCGGUGUAAUUUCAGCAUCAAAAUGGGGUUCCCACGUAGACGAAAGCUUUGGUGCAGGUUUUAUUAUAAUAACAUGUUCAGUAAAACUAAAAUAAACUGAAGAGAUUCAGUCCGGUUUCUGGAUAUAACACAUGACCAGCUUGUUUUAUUUCUGCUCAUUUAUCAAGAUUUUAGUUAUUAGAAGUAUUUACAAAGAGCAGCUGGGAUAAAGUUUAGGCAUUAAUGGCAUCGCGGAGUCAGAAGGCUCCUUACCUUAGGUAUCACGAGUAGUCUGGACUGAUACAACAUCCAGAUCUCUUGUAGGACACAAGCAUUCUCUGGUAUUUAACCAAAAGAUGCAAAACCCACCCUCCAUACCAGCUCCGAUCCUUUCUGGUCCACGGGCCUCUGCAGUGUGGGCAGGUGAGAUGCCAGUUAAAGAAACGAUGAGUUGUUUACCUAAAGAGGUCCAUCCGAGGAGGGAAAGUAAAAAUUCAAGAAAUGGAGAACUCAGGGGCCACUUCUUCCUACUAAAACCCUAGGACUAUGUUAACUAGUUAAAACUGGGAAUCCAGAACCAUGGCUGUUAAGUAGAGCCUGGUCAGUGCGGUAGAUUUUAUCAUACUUUUCUGAAAUGACAAUGAUAUGUAAGUGUAAUUGCAAAUGUUAGCACAAGGAGUGGGUGUUUUGAUUCGUGUAGUGGCUAGAAAUACGAGAAUAAUAUUUUUAAGCAUUCCUGCUUGUGAAGGCAGCAAUCAGGUUGUAAUAGCCAAGUAAUUGAAAGAAGAUAACAAACAAGCAUUCGGACAAGUUGGGGAGCUGGGCAAUAUUUAUCAUGAACGUAUUCCUUUCUCAUAUUCCUUUCUCCAUUCCCCUUUGACUCAGGGGGGAAAAAGAAGUAAGUGAUUGUUAUCUGAAAAAUAAACACACACACACACACACACACACACACAAGCAAAAAAAGGAGCAGGGGCACCUAACUGGCUCAGUCGAUGGAAUGUGCAACACUUCAUCUUGGUGUUGUGAGUUUGAGCCCCAGGUCGGAUGUAGAGACUACGUA